AGAGCUCUACUGGGCAACGGGAUACUGGAGGCGUUGGAGGGAGAGGAGGACGAGGGGGAGGACGAGGAGGGCGAUGAAGAGGAACUGGACGAGGAUAUGGAAGAUGACGAAGAAGAUGAUGAAGAUGAGGAUGGGAGAGAGGCGGAUGACGAGUAUGACCCCAUUGCACCCAGAGGGCCUCUAGAAAACAACAAUUACGGCGAAGUCUGGCUGCCUGUCCAGUCCCGCCCGCGUCGCAACCGCAAGAACCACGCAACCCGUCGGCUCGUGCAGGAAAGCCUCGUGAAGCCUUCCAGUCUGAUAUAUCCGCUGUUCGUACACGACGAGGAGAGGAGUGUGCCGAUUCCAUCUCUCCCUGGCCAGCGCCGGCUGAGCCCUGCCGAUCUCCUCAAGGAGGUAGAUGAAGCUCGCCGUUACGGUGUCAACGCUUUCAUGCUCUUUCCAAAGGUGGACGACGACCUCAAGAGCCCGCUGGCGGAAGAGAGCUACAACCCGGACGGGUUGAUGCCCCGUGUCAUUAUGGCAGUGAAGGAUGCUUUCCCGGAUGCCUUAGUUUUGGCCGAUGUGGCGCUGGAUCCUUACAGCACCUCGGGGCAAGACGGAGUGGUGGAUGAGGAGACGGGGGCUGUUCUAAACGACAUGACUGUCUAUCAGAUCUGCAAGCAGUCGGUCAACCUAGCGCGGGCUGGGGCGGAUAUGGUUUGUCCCAGCGAGAUGAUGGAUGGACGUGUUACAGCCAUCCGUGAGGCGCUCGACAUGGAGGGAUGUGUGGAUACUUCGAUCUUAUCCUACGCUUGCAAAUACGCCUCCUCCCUGUACGGGCCAUUUAGAGACGCCUUGGGUUCACAUGUGAAAGGCGGUGGCGACAAGAAGACUUACCAGAUGGACUUCUCGAAUGCCCGAGAAGCGGAGCGCGAGGCAGACUUGGAUGUUCAAGAGGGGGCUGACAUGUUAAUGGUGAAGCCAGGCACGCCUUACCUGGACGUCCUGCACCGUGUGCGGCAGAAGACGAAUGUGCCGCUCGCUGCUUAUCACGUGUCUGGAGAAUACGCGAUGAUCAAAGCAGCGGCGGAGAAGGGAUGGAUCGACGAGAAGUCUGUUGUGUUUGAGACUUUAAAGGGAUUCCGCAGGGCUGGAGCCGACUCUAUCGCGACGUACUACGCCAAAGAUGUUGCCAAGUGGAUGGCCGAUGAUUGUAGUGGGAAACUUGCCGUGACGAUUGGGGGCAGCAGCACUCGCGCACGGUGGGAAACUGUAAGUCUGUUUUGCGCGCAGGGUGUUCGAAUGCUGCCCGCCACUGCACCACGUUCCCGGCCACCUUCGCAGCUGCCUCCACCAGGAGGAGGCGCUCCUUUUAGUCGACACGUCUGUGCCUUGCGGCUCUCUGGAGGGCAGCGUGUGCACUCGAAGAUGCUUGCGUCGAGCGGUGCAAGCGCGGCUGCCGAAGGGGCAGGAGGAGCGGCACCUCUUCAAGAUGGCCCAGGGGGUGAACGGCGGAGUCUCCACGUGUCUUGUGCGCCGCUCCGGCUGCAUCCCUACUUGCAGCGAAAGGUCUUGGCUUCCGGGUUGGAGGUGUUUAUGCUGCCUCACGGCCACCCUGAAGGCAGUUUGGAAGUCCAUCUGGAAAUUCAUGCAGGCAGCACGGCAGAGGAGGACAGCGAGCGCGGCAUGGCACACCUGUGCGAGCACCUCAUUUUUAUGGGCAAUCGGAAGAGGGGAGAUGUCGUGGCUCUGCAAGGAGAGGCCAACGCCUUCACAGACUUCCACCACACUGUCUACUUUGUGAGCUGGAGAGGGGGCGAGAACGCUCAGGGGGCGGACGCGAGGGGCAAUGAACGGGAGACGAUGCUCACCGACAGUCAAGCGGGAAGCCGCCGCAAGCUGAAGGUUGCGCUGGAAUUAUUGCGAGAAGUCUUUACGGCGCCCACCCAGUUCACCCCAGAGCGACUCCUCAAAGAGAAGGCAGCAGUCCUCUCCGAGUCUUCCUUAGUCAAUACUAUUUUUUACAGGAAGGAACAGGCUCAACUGUCGAAGCUUCAUAGCGAUACGCUGCUGCCUUCCCGUUUCCCAAUCGGAGACAUGCGUCUGCUGCGUGGGUGGAACCUUGAUGAAGUGCACAAAUUCUUCGCGCGCUAUUACCGCCCAGAUAACGCGACGCUUUUUAUUGUAGGGGACGUGGCACCUCUGGGGGCCCUGCGUUCUGUAGACGAGGUCCUUGGAGUUGUUCGGGGAGACAAAGCCGCUGAAAAAAAAUGGCGCGCCACCAGAGACAAGUGGAGGCAGACCACAGUAAAGAACAGCUCGAUUUUUUUUCCUCCCUUGGCACAUGCGUGGGUCCGAGAUUUUAAAGGCAACGCUGCCAAAGCUGCAGGUGAAGCAGCAGCCGGCGCCACAGGCAAAGUGCAGAAAGAUGUGAAGAGCGAGACUUCUGGGGAAUCAGCAGUGCCUCUUAAGAACGUGUUGCGGUCUCGGCUGCAGAUCUGGCAGCACUCUCUCCUUCAAAAUUUUUCGCUGCUCUUUCUCCGCAAGCUGCCAAUUGUCCCCCUUCGCACCGCGGGCGAUUUCUUCCGUCUCCUCGCGCGCAAACUCGCCCUGCAAGCCCUCGCAAUGAGGCUGAAUGAGCGGUGCAGGCGGGAGGAUGACGCUUGGAUGCGCGUAGAAGUGGCAGACACCGAGUCCAUUAAGGAAGGUUGUCGCAUCGUUUCUGUCGAGGCAGAGGCAGAACAAGGCAGCUGGCGCGACGCUGUGAGGGUGGCUGUUGAGGAGGUGCGCCAGAUGGCGAAGCACGGCCUGACAAUGUCGGAGUUGAGGAGCCUCCUCGAUUCUUACCGGGCCAACUUGGAUCGCAUGCACAUGCAGCUGCUGUCGUCUGCCGACAUGCUGCGGCUGCUAAUGGAAAACUCCGCUUGCGGGCAUCGCAUAAUCCACCUGGAAGACGAGCGCGGCCUUGCGUUGAAGCUAGCGAUGGGCAAGUUAGAGGAAUCUUCAUCAGCGAAAAGUGCGAGUGCACUGGCAGCUUCCGACGAUGCUGCAGCGAAUCCAGAGGAUAUGAAACGGCUCUUGGACCUGGUGAAUGCGGAGGCGCGGUGCAUGCUGAGCUGGAUUGACGCGCGAAACUGCAGGAGCAAUGUGAAAAACGGCCCGGAUGCAAUCUGCACAUUCUUGGUACAGCCUGGCGGAACUCGGUGCAGCAGCCCUCCCAUGACGAAGCGGCUCCCCGGCACGCAGCUGAUUGGCCACGUCGAGGUGGAGCCGAGAGACGCAACGACGGGCUUUCUGGAGGCUGCUACCCUGCCUAAGCAUGCUGAAGAAGAGACAUCCCAGGAGGUUAACAGCACUACGUUCGCGAUAUCUGAGGAAUCGAUUCUCGAUGAACUUUGCAGUUCCAUGACGCGCGCCGUUCGGGCGCAACGAAAGGGAGUCGAGACUCCCAAGCUUUUGUUGACGGAUGCACAGUUGGCAUCGCUGCAACAGCGCGCGGCGCGGAGUCCCCCAAUUUCCAGGGAGCUGCAGGAGGCUGGGCCUAAUGCACGUACCGUGCAGCUUGGCAAUGGCGUCAAGGUGACAGUCAAGCCGCUACCCGAAGAACGCGGUUCCGUCUUGAUUCGUGUCUUGAUGCCGGGAGGUCGCCUGGGUGCAGUGAUGAAGAAUUCCAGAGGCGAUGCAUCAAGUGGCUCGCUUGAAUCACUGAAGCGACAGAGCGCUGCCAUGGUCCUCGGGGCACGUACAAUGAUGGAAGGAGGGGCUCUGGGGCCGUUUUCGCGUGAGCAGAUUGAGGGUUUUUGCCAUGAAAGGCUUAUUGGCGUCAACAUAGAGUGCCUCGACGAGUUCCUGGCAAUCGACAUCAGCGCCCCCGCUUUUGCCGCCCGCGAUGCAGACUCGAACCGAGCCGGAAGCCUCGAUAGGGCUUCUACUUUGGAAAGUGCCAUGCAGCUGCUGCACCUCAUAUUCACUAACUUUCGUUUCGAAGAGUCAGCCUUUCGCCGUGCGCAACAGCAGACCCUCAUGGACUACCAUGCGUACACCCGAGACUUGGUUGGGUAUUCUCUCGGAGAGCUAAUUGUGCAUAUGACUGGUCGAGAUCCACGCUUUGAGGCGCUGAAGCCGGCCGUUACGAGGGCUUUGGAUCUGCCCUUCGUGGAGCAGCAGAUCCGGUCUCACAUCGCGGAGGCCCUUUUGCGAGGAGAUAUUGAGGUGACAGUAGUGGGUGAUAUUGACGCCGCCCACAUUACGCAACUGGCAGCAAAGUACUUGGGGACUAUUGAGCCAAGCAAGACCGACAAAGAGAUGCGUCGUUUGCCUCGGCACUUGCCCGCUCCUCUUAGGUAUCCCAGAGAAAAGGCGCUACGGUCGCCGUACUUCCACCUGCAGGAGACGUCGGCUCCCAGUGCUGUGCAGGAAUGGGGCUCUCCGCAUGAAAUCACCGAGCCACUUUCUUCUGGCACUUGGACAAAAGCCUGGGGACGCCGGCUGCAUGCGUACGUCAGGGACAGCGAGACGCGCGCUGUUGUGCACAUUGGCGGUUUCGCGUGUAAUCGUUGGGGAAGAAACCCUGAUGGGUCCUGGAUCUGGGAGCACAUGGACGCUUUACAGCGGCAGGACGACUCUCUGGAGGCUGCCUACAGUGGGGCUUCAGGAGGCAGCAGGCAGCAAACUUCUCCUCCAGGUGGCAGUGCACAUAGGAGACACCCGGCCUUUCCUCGCGUAUGCUUGUGGAUACUGCAAGAACUGGUCACUAAGCGCCUCUUUUCUAUCCUCAGAGAAGAGCAGCGUUUAACCUACGAAGCUGCUUUUGAGGUCAUGUCGUUUGACAUCCUUUCGGGGGGGAUUUUCGUCAUCACGGUACAUACGCAGCCCGAGGAGGUGGAGCGCGUUCUAGCUGCAACCCAUGUGGCGCUGCAGGAGCUCAUUAGCAUUCGGCCACUCCUGCAGUCGCAGCUAGAAGGAGCAAAACAACAGGUCAUUGGCCGCCAUCUGCACGACCGCAAGUAUGCGCGGUACUGGUUGGACCUCCUUGGAGGCCUUCAAAUGCCCGAUAUCCCUCAAAAGACUGCCGCGUAUUUCAAAGAUUUCGAGCGAGUCGUUGAGAGCGUCACUCUUCAAGACAUCCAGCUGCUGCUGCGGUCCCUAGGCACGCGUCGUGAUAGCAUGUGGGAGGCCGUCGGGGUGUCUGGCCCCGUCCCUCCUGCGACUCUCUCUCGCCCACCCCAAAAGGUCUCGGAAGUUCCUAUACCUAGCAGUGGGCGCUCCAGCACGAGGCUAAGCGCAGCUUUCAGUGCCCUUUGA